AUGUCAGCCAAUGGGAGCUCAGAGGCAAGUUGCAGGUCAGAGGUCAGACCCAGCAACAGCACCUGCAGCCAGAAGGACCUGUCCAUCACUGCCUCCGCCAUCUCCAUGACCAUGGGCAUCCUCUCCAACAGCCUCGCCCUCUUCAUCCUCGUCAAGUCCUACAACCGUAUCCGGAUCAAGCACAAGGCGGCCUUCCUGCUGUUCGCCAGCAGCCUGGUGGUCACAGACCUGCUGGGUCACCUCAUCACUGGCUCCCUGGUGCUUUUUGUCUACAGCUUCCACAAGAAAUGGGAGAUGUUUGACCCUCACCACAUUGUGUGCAGCAUCUUUGGAGCAUGCAUGGUGUUUUUUGGUCUGAGCCCCUUGUUCCUGGGAAGCGCCAUGGCGGUGGAGCGCUGCAUUGGAGUCACCAGGCCUAUCUUCCACUCCACAGCUUUAGCCUCCCACCACAUGAAAAGGCUGCUGGGACUCACGUGGCUGUUCGCUGCCCUGGUGGCUGUGUUGCCUGUGCUGCUGUGGAGGCCCUACAGGGUUCAGAGCUCCAGGAGCUGGUGCUUCUUCCAUAUGGAGGAACCUAAGGACUGGCUGGAUGUGCUCCUGCCUCUGCUUUUUUCUAUGCUAGGGCUGCUGGCCCUGCUGCUCUCGAUUGUGUGCAAUACACUGACAAGUUGCGCGCUGCUGCAGGCCAGACUGCGCCGCAAGCAUCACUGCAGAGGCACGUCAUACCACAUAGAGAUGAUCUGCCAGCUGCUGGCUAUCAUGUUGGUGUCCUGUGUGUGCUGGGGCCCUUUACUGAUCCGUGUCAUCAUGCUGAGCACCAGGGCCAACAGCGAGCCCGCCUCUUUCAGUCUCCUGAUGGUGGUCCGUAUGGCCACAUGGAACCAGAUCCUGGACCCCUGGGUCUACAUCCUGCUGAGGAAGGCUGUUCUGAGGAAAAUCUUCACGUUGUUCCAAAGCUGCUGGGGCCCAAAGUCUCAUAACUUAUACCGCUGGCAGCGCAGCAUUCUCCGCAGCUCGACAGAGACCAGCAACUCGGGUAGAUUACCUCUGCGAGACACUGCGGUCAAAUCCAUCACCUGA